CACACUUCAGUUCAUCAGUGUUAAAGGACAUGAAUCUGACUGCAGAGAGCCACAGUAUCCCUCUCAGUGAUGGGAACAGGAUUCCACUGCUGGGACUGGGCACCUAUGGGGACCCUCGAACGACGCCCAGAGGCACAGCUCUUGAGUGUGUCAAGCUGGCCAUAGAUGUGGGUUACAGGCAUUUUGAUGGGGCUCUGGUGUACUUCAAUGAGCAUGAAGUGGGUCAAGCCAUUAGACAGAAGAUUGCUGAGGGAGUCGUGAAAAGAGAGGACAUCUUUUACUGUGGAAAGCUCUGGAAUACCUUCCAUCCACCAGAGUUGGUGAGACCAGCCUUGGAGAGGACACUGAAAACCUUAAAACUAGACUAUGUGGAUCUCUACAUCGUUGAGCUCCCUAUGGCCUUCAAGCCUGGCAAUGAGUUCUAUCCAAAGGACGAGGAUGGAAAAUACAUCUACCACCACACAGACAUCUGUGCAACAUGGGAGGCCUUGGAGGCUUGCAAAGACGCAGGAUUGGUCAAAUCUCUGGGAGUCUCCAACUUCAACCGCAGACAGCUGGAGCUGCUGCUGAAUAAACCCGGCCUCAAGCACAAACCUGUGUCCAACCAGGUUGAAUGUCACCCAUACUUCACACAACCCAAGCUCAUGGAGUACUGUCGCCACAACGACAUUGUGAUUGUUGGAUACUGCCCAAUUGGCUCCUCCAGAGAUGCAUCCUGGGUGAAUGUGAAAUGUCCCCCCAUGCUGGAGGACGAGCUGCUUGUAUCCAUCGGGAAAAAGUACAACAAGAGCAGCGCUCAGGUGGCUCUACGCUUCAACGUCCAGCGAGGAGUCGUCGUGAUCCCCAAGAGCUUCAGCCCCGAGAGGAUUACACAUAACUUUCAGAUAUUUGAUUUUUCACUCACUGAGGAUGAAAUGAAAGCUGUUGAAGCACUGAACAAAAACAUUCGAUUUGUUGAGCUGCUGAUGUGGAGUGACCAUCCCGAGUACCCAUUUCAUGAUGAAUACUAAACUUUGGGAUGUUUUUCUGCCUGAAUUCACUAAUAGUGUUUACAAUGUUUACACUGAACACUAGAGGGCACUAGUUCACAGUGCAUGAAACGUACAAGUAAAGGAACAUUUAAAGGGGUUUACAUACAGCUCAAAUAUGUGACUACAAAGUUGUUUUUUACUUUCAGUUUAAUUGGACAAUCACAUGUUGCUCAUUCAAAUAUAUAAAUAGAUGAUUGUAAGUUAAAACUGAUUUAAAUGGAAUUAAUGCAACUUCACACAAAGCUUUUGAAUUCACAUUGGCAAAAUAUUCAGUUCAGAGAAAAAUACCAAUCACAGCAAUCCAGAUUAUCUUUCAAAUAUUUUCAGAUAUGCCAGCUACUGAUGUCCACAUUAUCACUAUAGUAUAUUUUAGUUUGAAUGUCACGCUGAUGUAGAACAAAACUGUUUGUAGGCAGUUCUGUUUGUAAUGUUGGUUGUGUUAAAAUACAAUUAAAACUUGUAACUUUG